AUGCCCACUCACCGCUUAAGACACUUUUACUCAGGCCUCCAAAGCAACGCCCAGAACAUUUACGCGAGGUUUUCACGCCAGGACUCGCGGGGGCGCAGACGGCGCCGGCAGGUCCGCGGCCCGGACGACACGCGCCCCCGGCACAGAGACGGCGGCCGCGCACCCGGGGAGCCGGAGGCCGCGGCCGCACCCGCUCCGGGCCCGCAGGGACACGGCACGCGCGUGCCAACCCCCUCGGUGCCCGCGCCAAUCAACCUGCGUCGUCCCGUGCUGGGAGUCGCCGGCCCCAGCCCACAGCGCCCCGUGCUCCGCCGCGCCCCCGGCCGCCGGGAUCGCGGGUCACGCGGGUCGGACGCGAGCACGGCCGCCCGUGCGGAGGAGCGCGACCCCGCAGGAACAGCAGGGACAGCCGCGCGCGGGCCGGGGUCCUGGGCUGCCCCGGGAGGGCCCCACGCGCGGCCGCAGAGGCCUCCCCGCGGCGGAGCCCGGACCACGACGGGCAGGGCCCCCGGGCGGUGCGCUCUCCCGAGGGCCAGCGGCGUCCCCGGCCGGGGCUGCGGGCGCGGGAGCAGCUCGGGAAGGCGAGGCCGGCACGUGUUCUCUGCACCCCGAGUUUCCGACCCCGCGUCCGGCGGCGGAGGCCUGCGGAGCGCCGCGGCUCCCAGCGCGGAGGACGACGCGCGGCCCGGGUCGGCGGCCGGCGCAGGGAGGCGGGCGAGGCCGGGGGAGGACGCCGGAGCCACACAGGCUGGGGACCAAGGCUCAGGCACGGGGAGGCCAGCGGAGCCGCCGCCCGGCACUGGGGGCGCAGCCGGAGCCGCAGAGGAGGCCGGAGGGCCCGGCCCGGGCAGGACGCUGGGGCCGCGGACGGGGCCCGGACAGCAGGGGGGACGCGGGCGAGGCCGGGGUCGGGGGUCGGCGGCAGGGGAGGGGCGCGGGCGGGCGCCGCGAGGCGCAGGCGGCGGGCGUCCCCGGGGGAGGGAGCUCGGGGCGCGCGGGGGCGGCCGCGCCGGCGGGAGGGGCCCCGGGAACCGCCGCCGGCCCCGAAGGCAGCGCCCGCGGAGCGCGAGGCCGGGGCGGCAGGGUCGCGAGCGCGGGGAUGGGCGGCGGCCGAGGGGAGGCCGCGCCGCGCGGCUCCGGGCCCUCGGUCCCCACCGGCGCGCCCCGGGCCCCCGACCCUACCUGGCGCGGGCAGGGCUGGGGGUUCGCCGUCCCCACCGCGAGCGCGCGCCGCCUCGGUCCCCGCGGGAGCAGACGCCCUCGGGCCCCACGGACGGCGGCGCCGAGCUUUAUUGCCGGAAGUCGCCCGCCGCCGGCCGGGGAGCGCCGACCUCUAGCCCCGCCCCGGGCCGCGCCGAUUGGCAGCCGCGGCUCCGCGUGGCCGUGUUGCUACCGGGCUCCCGAGGCCGAGGCGCGCGCGUGCGCAAUGGGCCCCGCGUCGCCUCCUCCUGCGCGUGCUCAGUGGGUGCGGGGGCGCGCGAACCCGCGGGCGCGGGGCGGGGCGGUGUCCGCGCGUGGGAGGGCGCGCUGCGCUGA